AAAUCACCCAGCCCAGAAGCUUCUUCAGCCUCUUCACUUCCGUUUUUAUUCUUUAUUGUUGCAAGAGUGAUGGUAGCGAUCCGCGGCAAGAAGGCCAAGGCUACGGCUAAGCCCAAGGCAGCCAAGGCCAAGGUGUCCGCAUCCAAGGAGGCCGAAGCCGUACCCGCGGCACGUCUCACGCCCCAGCAGAAGCUCGCACGCCACCGUGAAGAAGAAUUUUUGGAGCUCAUGCGCUUCGCACUGCAGAGUAACUUGGCACGAGGCGUCACAGAAGUCUCUGGCCAAUCGAUGAAGAGCGUCUGCAAUACGCUGAUCACGUCUCUCUGUGCACACGGCAAGGAGAAGGCUCUAGCACCGACACAGAUCCUGGCGAAGCUCCCGCGUACGGAGCGCAAGCGUGUAUGUGGUGCCAUCUUUUCGGCCGACGAGAUCGCCUACAGCUGCCGCAACUGCCAGCUUGAUACGACAUGCGUCAUGUGCAAGGAUUGCUUCACACACAGCGACCAUGCGGGUCACGACGUGUACUUCCAGAGGACGACGGCCGGCAGCUCCUGUGACUGCGGAGAUGUUCAUGUAGGACUAUUGAGAUUUUAUUAUAUUUUUGGACGAUUGACCUUUUAUUUAUUUUUUAAUUUGUAGGCUUGGAAGCAGAGUGGAUUUUGUUCGAGGCAUAAAGGAACAGAGACAGCGGAGACUGGAGCCAAGAAGCACAAGUUGCCUAAGCAUAUUGGACAAACGGCGCCUGUGGUGAUCGAUGCAGUGGUGGAUCACAUUUACCAGGUGUUACUAGGAACACACUAUGGACUCGAGUUGGCUGAGGCUUUUGAGCUGUUUACGAGGGAUAUUCCGCCCAAGUUUCUGCCGAUCCAGAGUGAUACAGAUGUGGCGGAUGCUACUGAAAGCAGGACGAGUUCCUCAGCGGAGUUGACGCGAUCUUCAAGACUUUCAGCGCAGUUUACUGCUGAGUCUGGAUCCAGAGCUAUUGGGCCGGGCGGCAGGCUUGAGGCGCAGGCAAACGAAGCUGAAGGCAAGUCUACAAGCUCUGACGACGACCCGAAGGCUGGAGUGCUUUUUGGAAUUCGGCUGCACAAUGACGACGUUCACUCGGUGAACGAAGUGACCAAUCACCUUUACGUGGAGUUGGGCAUGUCCAAGCCCCAAGCGCGUUCUGCUGUCAGCCAAGUAGAUAACGAGGGUGAUGCGCCUGUUUCAACCAAGCCGUUGCUGCAGUGUCCUGGUAUUGUCGGAAAUUUGAUGCGUCGGUCUCUUAAUAUUUCUGUCGCUCCUACCUGGUGGGAGAAGCAAAUGGAAGGUAUCCCCGCUCUUCUGGAGUGGCUGCAGUCGAUAAGUACCAGCUCCGAUGGACUCAGCGAGCUCGUGUCUGAAUCACUUCAGAAACAGCGGUCUCCUGCUCUUAGAGGAUUUAUGCCGGUAUCAAGCAGCUUGGCUAAGGGCAAAACGAUUCAGGAGUUUGUCAAGGAAUGUAGCAUUCGGCUACACAAUCAUGCUUUGGAUGUGCUUAGUGGCUUGAUCUCUGGAGACAAGGACGUUUGGACGUGGGCACGCGAACAAGAAGCAGACCAGCAACACCGUUUCGAUUUCCAUGUUGAAGGCAGCACAACCGCGGUGGCGUCUACCGGAUUCCUCGCUGAAGGGAAUAGCGUUAGUUGCAAGAACAUAUUUAUUGAGGAGUUUGUCAAGGCAGUUUCGCUAAGUUCCUCGUAUCGCCGCCACGAGAGUGUCCGGAAAAGUUUUGACGCUGUGGUAGCCAAGUAUUUCACGUCGGAGCAAACGACUGCUUCCGGUACUUCGGCUAAAACUUUAUCAGCUCUGAUGCUGCUAAUGCGAUACGAUUGCACUUUACGAAAGACUGCUGUCGAGCGCUCGCACUCACUUUUGCGCGAACACUUGGUAGAUAUCCAGUUUCGUGCUAGCAUGCUGGAGGCAUAUUUGUUAUCAUACGCCUCGAUGACCAGUAUGUUCCUUCGUGGCUUGGGCAAUUCCAGUGAUUCCAUCUUCGAUUUCGCCGUGCAGUUCUUAACGGUACCUCAUCUGGUUCAAAAGUACACGAAGAAGGAAGCGUCUGCGCACCCUGGACGGCUAGAGUUGAUUCGUGAAUUGCUGUAUGCUCUCAACACGGUGUUUCAAUCUGCUGUCGAUGAAAAGGAAGGGAAGCUGAACGCUGACCACCCUGCUCUUAGCAGCCAGAAGUACAAGCAUUGCGUGGAGAACAUGGAAUACGUUUUCAACAUCGGCACUCUGUCCAACGAAUUGGUGUGUAACGCAGACAACAUGAAGAUUUGGCUCUCAUGCCUGAGUAUUUUACAGGGUGGUGAUCCUCAAGUGCGGCGAGGAAUUCAUCAAAAUCACGUGGAAUACGAAUCAGAUAGCUGGCUGUCGAUGUUUAAUCUUGGCAUCCGUGUUCACUCGGUGUUCGCGAUCUCCUGGAAUGGUUUUAGUCCGUCCCAGUUUGAAGCACCUGAAGCGAAGAUAGCGGAGAUAUUCGGCCCGAUCAUCGAGGCCACGUUUUCAUCGUCAACCCGACUCAAUGAAAAGGUGACGAAAAAGACGCUGGUUCCAGUUGCAAAACUUGUGUCUAUGAGCAAGAGGGGUGCUGGAAGUCGAGAAAAAGGCAUCAUGGCGUACGACUUCAAUGUAGCGGCUCAACCGACUUCUCUGCACAUCCCUUUGCACCGUUUCCUGACCGCGGCAGUGCGGCAUAUCUGUAUUAGCCAGUCAGGUUUAGGAAGCUCAAUUCCUUCGGAAAAACUUUUGAGGGCGUUUGGGUUUGACAAGUUGUCAGCUGACAAGCAAUGGGAACUUGUGGAAAUGCCUCUUCGCUGUUUGGUGAUGGCUUCCCAGAUCCACUCGAACCUGUGGCGUCGAAAUGGAGAUGAAAAUAUGCUGGCGCAACUGUACAAUUACUCGGCAUUGCCAUAUUGCAUCCACUACCGUGAUGCAGACACGCUGAUGCUGCAGCUUGGUGUCCUCAUGACUGGUCCAGAUGCCCUCGUGGUACGAAUGGUUGAUCGAUUCCAAUUGGGUAGCUACUUCAUUCUACCCAAUGGAUCCAAUGUGAAUGGGCCCGACGAUUUGGUGAAACAGUUCGGGUAUGCAGAGCUGGAACAAGGGAUCGAUGAGCAACAACGUCUACAAAUGCUAGAGGAGUUUCUACGUCUCGUGAUCAUACUCGGCACAAGUCUCCCAGGCGCUACUGGAUCGGCCUACGACAAUGAGUUCCUGGCGGAAGAGAUGUUGCAGCAGUUGUGCUCGAAGUCACAAUGUUUUAGCAAGCUGUUUGAUCUUGCCAUCCUGCCGUCAGGUCAAGAUGAUAUUCCUGCUCCACGGCUGGAAAGCGUUCUUGCAAAGGUAUCCAACUUUGUGCCGCCGUCGGGACUGGAACCUGGCCGGUAUGAAUUGAAGGAGGGUUUGCUGGAGAACUACAAUCCGUACUUCCUUCACCUGAACCGCGAGGCACACGAGCUAGCACGUGAUCGUUGGACAACCUAUCGCAAUACAUGCCGUCAGAAGGCAAAGAAAGCGACCCCUGACGCUCCCCCGAAGGAACCGCUUAAGCCUGCCAAGCCUCCUGUUGACUUCUUUCGUCCAGUCCAAGCGAUUCUGACGUGUGAAAGCACAGUUGCGAUUGUGCAGGUAAUUCUUUGGAAGGUAAUGUCCUCGACGCACGCUGGAUCGGCAUCUACAUCAGGCUCGGAGAACAGCGUCUCCGAUGCUGUUAUCUCGACCUGUUUGCACUUGUUGGUGCACGGCGUCCACACGGCGUCGCAAGCUUCAGACCGCCGCUUCUGGACACGCUUGAGCAAAACAAACGCUGCUACCUCCAAGCUGUCGGUUCUUCAUCUUUUGAGUCAGCUGCUUGAGCAAGCGACAACAUUGCUCGAUAGUGAACAAACUGGAACAGUUGAAUGGCUCAUUUGGAAGAUCACUACGGAAUCACCAGCGUGCAGAAAAGUAUUCGAGCAAUUGUCGAAUGAGGCCAAGUCGAAACAUAAGAAGGCUGAGGCUUCUUCUGUGGCUACAAGUGGUUCGGGACAGAGUGGCAAUUCUCCGCCUAUGACGUUGGAGCAACGCAAACUAGAAGCUAGGAAGAGAGCGAUGACUGCAAUGGCAAAACGCCAGGCCGCAUUCCAGGCGAUGGUUGAUCUCGCGGACGAAGACAAAGAAGAAAAGAUGGAUGAAGAAGGAUCACAUGAUGCACGUUCGGCGUUGGGUAAGCGCAAGGCUUCGAUUAUUGAAGAGCCCCAAGAGGAUACGAAGAAACUCCAAAAAGUGGAUAACAAGCGCUGCUACAACUGCAUUCUCUGUCAUGACGGCUCGCAACAGGGUCAGAUGGGCAUGGCAGCCUACGUCCAUCAGUCUACUGUGCUCGCCCCAGGUUUUAGACCAGAACCCAACGAGGCUCUCGGUUCAGAGGGUAAGAAGGUUCGUGGUCACGUGAAGAAGGUUAUCGAGAAGAUGGAAUUGUGCUCAGGUGGCAGCUCGACCUCGUCCGAUGUGUCAAACUCGCCGUCCCCAACCUUGCGUGCUUUUGCAACUUCUUUCCCGGAAUGGUACAUGAAUGACUCACUGGAGGACCAGCUCACUCGUAACAACACGGCACAGAAUAGCCCUCGUCCGCCUGCGGCUCGUCGCCCUCGCAAUGAUCGCAUUCGCUUUGGAAAUGGGAAUAUCCCGAUGCUUGAAGGCGAGCUCUUGCAGACAGAUGAAGAAUUGGAGGUUCUUGAAGGCGUUCUCGACCUCCGCGAAGACCAACAACUCUUUCCGAUGGACAUGCGUGGGGCCGUGCGUUUGGAUCUACGAGGAAAUCAAGUAGAACCACGCCGAUUGGGUGACCGAGAAAUGGUUGGCGUGAGAGGCGGCAAUGUGCGUGCUCAAGGAAGAACAAUGCAUGACAGCGAUGAUGAAGACUUUGAAGAUCGUUUCCGCUUAGAACGCCUGCCGCCCGGAUUUGGCCGUCCUCACGAGAGUGCCAAGCUCUAUCUCACGCCUUGUGGACUGCAUGUUCGUACAUGUCAGCACGCAGUGCACAUUAACUGUCUAGAACGCUACAUCACGUCACUACAUGACAAGGCUAUGCGCGGUGAGGAGUUCGAUGGCGUUCAAGCGAUCGAUCCGGAUUCAGCGAUGACGCAGUUCCUGUGUCCGCUGUGCAAGACAUUGAGUAAUUUCUUGAUUCCAACGUCUGAGCCUCGAACCUCGAUCAGAAAGGAAGAAGAGCGGGAGCAGCAGCGCUCUCUGGUGACGUCGCCGGAUGAGGAAGAAAAGGCUCCCACCUGGGACAAGAUCGUAGGAGACCAAUUGUGGAUGCCCGGCUGGUAUCGCUCUGUGCUGGGACGCGAUGGAGGAUUUGAAGAUGACGAAAACGAUACAGAGCACGAUAUGUGGCGGGAUUACUUCGAGGAUACUCUUUGGGAGCCUCAUGGAAGCUUGGAAAAGGGUGCUCCUUUCUUAUGGGCUUCAUGCGCGUAUACAUUGGCUUCAUUUUUGACCGUUGCUGAAGAUGAGCACCGAAAUGUUUCUAAGAGCAAUGCACCAUUCGAUCCACUGACGGACCAGUGUCCUCCGUCUCUCGAGAAGGAGCUGGAAUCAUUGACAUCCGUGACAAAAUUCUGCCGAUGGACAUGCUCACUUUUGGAGCACUGUGCUGAUGCCAAGGUGAUUUGGGAAACCGCUAAACGCUGUUGUCCGAUCAAUACCGAGACCAAGCGUGAGUACCGGAAGUUCACAAAGGUGCUUGGGUCGAUCGAUGCGUGCCUUCGGGGCACCAUUUUGGGUCUCCUAGUAGCAGAUACAUUCACGGCUUUCGUGGUGGCCAGCGUGAUUGCAGAUGAGCUUGAAACGAUUUGGCAAUUCAUGCCAGUGUUUACUGCUGCGGACUUGCUGCAGCGUCUGCAUGCUGAGUUUUUCGAGCCGAUUAAGAUGGAGGGAACCUCGCUGUUUCAAGAUAAGUUCUCGCUCGUUGCAUCUAGUGAAAGUGAGGACUCUGAACAGCCAACAGCUGUGGAGGGAAGUGCCUCGACUUUGGCUCCACGCCGCACAAGAAGUGGCCGUGCUAUCAGCCCUGCUGUGGCUACUCGGUCUUCUACGAACGCUGAUGGGUCCAUUCAGCAACUAAUGGAAGUGAUGGAAGCGUCUGGUGAAGCGGACUCCGAGGCGUUUGCUGCGCUCCAGCUUUUGCAGCGAAUGGCCAAGACAUAUCCAACUGAGAAGCUUAAGCCAUUCACCACGGUAUCGGACGUCAAGGCGCGAUUGCAACGCAUCCUACCGUCCAACGCUUCGUUUGUUCGCCGUAUGAAGCUCUUUUGGCGCUGCCUGGUGGAAGGAGAAACCAAUGUACCAGCUACCAGAACGAUGCAAAUCCCCACAUUAGUCGACAUCGCUCGCAGUUCAGACGCGACGUUCGAUCAAAUUUGGCAGUGGUGCAUGGAUCGUAUGCUCAGCAAGACCCACCUGGGUAGCUCGAAGGUCGGCGACAAGUGCGAACACACGGAAGGCUGCAGCGAAGCUUAUGUUGCUAGCAUGUUCAUCCUACGCGAAGUUCCUACUCGACCUCGGCUGAUCGACUUGCCGACUCAGUACGACGAAUUGUAUAGCGAGAUGGCCGGCCGUAAGUGCACGCGAUGUGAGAAGGCUCCUUGCGACCCGGGUCUAUGUUUGAUUUGUGGCGAGUAUCUAUGCUGUGGAGACUCGUGCUGUACACGUGCAUUCAUGCCUCAUGGACCACCAGUAGGAGAAUGCACUCGCCACGCUGCUGAAUGUGGAGGCGGUGUAGGCAUAAUUCUUCUGCUUGAACAAUGCCGCAUUGCGAUUAUCGGAGGCAGCAUGGCAGCGUACUUCCCAAGCCCGUACGUUGACGCCUACGGCGAAGAAGAUAUCGGACUUCAACGUGGACGCCCGCUUCGACUGGACAUGGCUCGCUACCGAUACCUGGAGUCGCUGUGGCUCAACCAUCGUAUCUUCACAGAGGUAUCGCGUCAACGCAAUCAACGAGACCCGCAGUAUACGAUCAAUUUGUCGUAUCUGUAAGCCGCUCUAGAUCGCAUUUCCAGGUCAACAGUUGUGCUCUUCUGAGUUACUACAGUAUAAAGGUUCACGGAAUUGUACCGGUAUCAACAGCAUGUCUUACUUGUCUUAUGUGUUUGGAUUCUAGCUACCCGAGGAAGGUGAGGUGUGCAGGCAGGUCGGCGUCGGCGUAGCGUUCGUCCUGGAAAAACAUGCGAAGCAGACGACAAUUGCCACCGACACGCACCUUUGUCGUGGUCACGUGGCGAGUCCCAAACGCUUGGCUCGUGAGAUCUUGUAGAUCCAUGCAAAGAUAGCGCCAACCAGGGUGUGUGCCAAACGCGAGAGGCAACUGGCAUCUCGAGUCUUCAACCCGAGCAAGAGAUCUCGUGUUGGUCACAGUGAACUGUCGAUACUUUUGAGUAUCGUCCAACACCUCGAUGUGAAAUUCCAGGAAGAGAUCCAUGUUCUUGACAAACAUGACGAGGUAGCGAAAGAUGUUGCGAACGGGAAACACCAGCUCAGCGUCAUUGCCUAGUAUCUGCACCACGUCUUCCUUGACGGUCUCGUCCUCGAUUACGCAAACGUCGUUGCCACUCAUGAGGAUCCGACAUUCCUCUUGAGCUUGUAGAAUAGCUGGGUGCUCUCCAAGUGGCAGCACGACCGUCUCGGACAUGAAACUCGUGUUGCUGCCCAAACUGCUUUUCUUUUUGUCGCCUGUUUCAGCUUGAUGGUCCCUAGCGAGAACUUUAGGAAGGAUGCAAUCCACAUACACGUCUCCUGGCGAGAACGAUCCUCCUCCGAUGCGAAUGAACGAAGGUGUUCCCGACAGCGAUGAAGAAAGUGUCGGCGGAGUAGACAAGGAGCUAGCUGUCUUCAUGCUGAUCUUUGUAAAUGGAUCAACGACUCUUCCAGCUUAAGAAGUAUCAAUAGGUCACACCUUUCCAUACUUCCAACAAACGUGUUUGCUAGCAAAAAUGGAGGUAUCAGCUGCCCAAGUGUUCUUCCAAGCACACAAGGACCUCUUCCAGUACGAGAAGUACGUCGGCAACCAGGAUCCUUUCCACAUCGAAUGUACGAAAUCUUUCCUUGAACAGUAUCGCGAAAUCGAUCGUGAUCGACGACUAGUACCAGCGACUUCGGAACGCUUUUCACUGCUUUAUCCUUCUACACGUAGAUUUUCAUCAGUAAACCUCACAGUAAACCCAGCACCUCCAGUACCAGAGUUCGUGACACUGCAGGCGACGGCAUCAGUCCUCGAAAAUUUGAAUAAUCCGCUGCAUGAACCGACCCGCUCCCACACAUUUACGAGUCCACCGCAACGCACCAGUCAAUACAAUCAGCCGCGACCUGGUUUACGAGUUAGUUACGACAGCUCAGCAGCACAAUAUCCCAACCCUGACCGUAGCUCCGUCCCCAAGGCCACACCGGAUCGAUCCGCUUUGCUUCAGCAACGAUCACCCAUUCGACUAUCUACAGAGUCGAAGCAGAAAAAUUCCACCCUGCCAAAGCUAACGGACCUGCUGAUUGACCGAGAGACUCGUGCUGCCACUACACAUAAAAUCUGGGAGGAAACGCACAAAAUCCAAGUCCUCACCGGAAACAACUGCGUCGGGCGUGUGAACGCUGCUUCUCGGAAUCUCCCGCUGUCCAUCCUCUCACGCCUGCAUGCCUCUGCAAACGUGUCAGUGCGACGAGAGCGGUUAUACAACUUGCUUCGGCGAGAUUAUGAGGAGCUCAGCAAGUAAGACGACGCACCGACAAGCGGCGACUUGGAACACUUCGACAGAGUUGAGGAGAGGGUUGAUCAUUGCAUUGGAAAGAAGGCAUCAUCUGUCAGUCCUUCGAAGAUAUUUACGUUGCUGUCACCAUAUAAUGCCGAGUCUGGUGACAUGCUCAUGGACCCCACUGGAAGCUGAUUUUGUUGCUGGAAAGAUUGAGGUGUGGGCUGGAACUGUUGGGUCGGAAUGGCCUGCUGCAUCAUAUUAGGUGCUGAUGAUGGUGCCAUCCCCCCAUAUCCAAAAUUGUUGGGCAUCAUCGACGCUCCUUGCGCUCCGAAGUUGAUUCCGUUAAUCGACCCCAUCAUCUGUUGUUGCUGCAUAGGCAUGUUUGGCAUCCCAGUCAUGGGGAAUACCGUUGAUCCGAAGCUUGUAUCGGGGCCAAAUCCAAGAGGAGUCAUAAACGGAUCCACGGAGAAGUUGUUACUGCUACUAUUGUUGCCGUUGGCGCUGUUCGUUGACGUUGAUGCCGAGGACAUGCCGUAAGUGUUGUCGUACAUAUUCCCAGAAGAUGUCAGGUUCAUUGGCAUCGGCAUUGGCAUGAACUGCUGUUGCUGGUUCAUCAUGCCGCCGCCCAUCAUAUAGUUUUGCUGGUUCAUAAAUGAAGCGGACGAGCUCGGGGGUCCACUCGUGGAGGACAUGUACGCGUUGGGCGUGAACGUCUGCACCCCAGAGCUCAUGGCGUAUCCUUGAGUCGACGUCGAUACACCAGAGACAACCAUCGAAGUGCUUGAAGUGAAGCCAGUUGAAGUCUGCAUCGGGUUCAUCUGUCCUGUUGGGAAAAACAUACUCGAGCUUGUGGUUGCAAAGCCAACCGUGGGCAUCGGAGGCUCCGGGAACAUCGUUGGAGGCGUUGGUGCUGCCAUAUUUGGCAUCGCCAUGGACGCUGAAGUCGACGUCGCCAUGGCCACCGGAUUGCUAUUAGACAUCGUCUGGGGUGCGUAAACCUGCUGUGGCAAAGUAGGCUUCGGCUGCUGUAGAAUCUGUGGGACGGCAGCGAUAGGAGCUGCCAGCGUUGGGUUCUGUGCUGCUCCAGCUUGUCUUGAUGCCGCUGCAUUGGGCGAUAUCCGUCGUCCUCCAGUCUUCUCGUCUUCUUGGGCGAUCUGCUUGUCCGCCAACGAGGCCAACACCUCGAGCCUGGCCCCAAUCUGUUGGCGAAAGACCAGACAUCUCCGCACCCACUCCUUGUGCUCUACAGGGUUCGCCUUAGCAGCUACAAGUGUAACAAAUACAUAAAAUUUAGUAUAAUAGGAUCACAGUGCAUCAAUAUUCCGGCGCGUACGCUGCUGCUUGUGGAGCGCGUUCCAGCCUUUGAGCGCUGCCUCAUUCUUCUCGAGCAUAGCCUGAAUCUCUCGCUGUGAGAUGGAGCGUCCCGGGGCCAGUAGUGCCUGCAAAUAUAAGGCAUAGUUACAAAUGUAGGUUAGAUAAAGUGUUGUGGUUGACUAUUUCUUGGUGGAUAUUCUGUUUGGAAACGCACCUGUGCCGCGGCGGCUGCGCGUUGCUGCAGCGGGUUGACGUGCUCCCUGUUGGACGCAAGAAAGAGAGACACAUGUAGAUCGUGAGAGGGUGCUGAAGGCUGGACGGUGGAAGUGGGUGACGUCACGUACGGCGCCGAGGACGACGCCAUGGCCGAUAAAGGCGGCGGAUAAUAUUGGCGCGAGUAGUCAAGUGGUGAAUUAGCGAAAAUAGUCUGGAAUUAAGGGUACGAAUUAACAUUUGAAUUCAAGCCGAUAAGAGGAUUUUACUUUAAGUGACAGCCAA